CAUAUAUACAUAUAUAUAUGCUCCAUUUUUAUAAAGAGACGACUCAUUACAUUUUUCAAGCUCUCUGAAACUUAUUAUCAAGUUUGAUUUAUUUAUUUAUUCCAAGAAAUUAAAUGGGAUCCAUUAAUAAUUAUACGUGGGGGAUUAUCAAGAAAGAUGAAGAAAAUUGCGAAUCAGAUAUGGAAUAUUCUUCAUCCUCAGCAGCAGACGAAUCAACAGAUGACACGUCAUCAUCUUCUUCAUCUUCAUCUGAUCAUAGUAAUUCUUGCGGCGGCGGCCCUCUCUUCCAUUUGGCUGAGCUCAUGUCUCAACUCCCCAUUAAGAGGGGUUUAUCGAAGUAUUACCAUGGAAAAUCGCAGACGUUUGGAUCGCUGGCGAGUGUGGAGAGCGUUGACGAUCUCGGGAAGAAGGAUCCCCAAACGACGUCGUACAGCCGAAGGAUGAAAUCUUCUUCAUCAUGCAAAAGUAGUGGUGGCUAUGGCGGAAAUUUGUUAAAUAAUAAUCACAGAAGGAAAUUACUGUUUUGCCCCAAGGCAACUAUUGCAAAGAGGUCUGCUGCUACUACUCCUAAAACACCAUUUUCACCUUCUCUAUCUGCUAAACCAGCUUCUACACUAAUGUUGGUUAGUUGAUCCUACAAAACAAUUAAUCUUUCUAUAUAUAUAUAUAUUACAACUAUAUGUAUAUAUAUAUUUUUUUAGUCUCUAAUGGGGGGCUUUUGUCGGUUUGUUUUGCUUGGAUUCCAAGCUUUCUUUGUUAGCCAUCUUAGGUUUUUUGAGAUGACGAAAGUUGAAUUCAAUUUCGGUCAUAAAGUAGUGUUUUCCGUUAGAUGUGAACGGACAUGUGACGGUGGGGAACAAAUUGUGUUUGAAAUUGAAUUGGUGAUGUGUAUUGUGUUCACUUUGGAACAACUGAGUAUCAAAGAUUCAAAAGUAAUCGAGUGAAACAUAUAUAUAUUGAUAUAUUUGAUCAAAUUUACCCGAAUCGUGAUAUAUAUUCCCUUUAGUUUA